AUGAUGCGGACGGACAACAAAGGCAGGAGUGCCUCUCCUCACAGGAUAACCUACAAGAGUGAUUUCCAUGCUAUCAAAUGCUCAUUUGACACCGGGACCAGUCUUCAACCAGGGACUAAAUGUGCUGGGGCCCAGUGCUCUGCUGUGAAACAUGCCAGGCUGCAAUCUAGCUUGUCAGAUCCCAUGAUGUCCCACACCACCACCAGCAGCACAGGCAGCAGAGGGAGAGUCCACAGCACCAGAGGGACCAAAAUCAGAGACAACAUCUUCCUCCAAAUGGACAGCCAGCAGCAGAAACAAGACAGUUGUCCAGUGGUCCAGACUUCUGGAUCCACACCCCUGGUUUCUUCUCAACUUCCUAGCCUGCAGCUCCAAACUUCACCUUUCUCUAGAUCCAAACAUUCGGCCACAAGUUCCUCAUCUGUUCUGAACACUGUGGCCAGCAUGUCCACCCCAGAAUCCUCUCUGCAAGAUAAACUGUCCAGAUCAGAGGAGAUUACAGAUAUUGACAGAGCUGCACUGGCUCAAAAGUUCUCUGUGACCCGCAGGUUGUUUGAGACCAAGGUGAUGGAGGUUGGAGGUGGUGAAGGGCAGGUUUCAAAAGGUAUAGCUUGCAAAGGAAGCAAGGAAAUAGCAGAUGAAAACGAGGAAGAGUUAGGUGGAGAAGGGAGGCACACAGUGGAGGGUGGCUUAGAUGAAGACAAAUCCAUAAACCCACCCCUCAUAAAUAUGUCCUCUCCAAAGCCUCCUGCACAGGCCUCACUGACAAGGCAUCCUAAAUCUCUUGUAUCAGAUGGCCCCAGUGGAGCAUCCAACAAAUCUUCCUAUAUUGAUGAACAUGGUCAAACCACAGUAUUACGAGGUGAGGAAGUAACACAAACAGAGGAAGAGAGAGCUUCUCCUGGCCCCUGCUUGACCCCUGAGGAACCAGUGAGGGCAGAGCUAGUGGACGUGAAGAACGAGUCAUCGGAAAGCGAUGAGAAUGAAGAAGAAAAGGAGCACAAAGGAGAGCAAAACUGGCCUAAGGAUGAGGGGGUGAAGCGCAUGGACAAAAACACAGCAGAAAGAAUGCCGGACCUUGUGGAUGAAGUUUUUGAAGAAGUCAGUGUGGAAACAGUACCAGGAUAUGAAGUGCCUCUUCAUCCUUGCAUGGUGGAAAACAACAGAGUGGAGCAAAAAGCAGGAGAAAAAAGACCUGUUGUUCCCCGAGAAGAACACCAGAAGGAGUUAAUCAACAGCAUGCCAUGUGAAGUGGUGAGUAAAGAUGACGAGGAAGAAGAAAGAGACAAGUAUCAGCAGGUGAAUGAACAGUGGGAGCACGAAAGGGAGGAGCAGAAAAGACAGUUCAUCACAUGGGCUGAGGAGUCAAGAGAGGACGGGGGAAACAGAAAGGAUAAGAUGGAUGAAGUGGUGGAAGAAAGCACUGGAAAGAGAGAGAGAGGUAUUACUCAAGAAGAGGAUGUUGAUAAAGAACUUGAGUCAAACUGUGAGGGGAAAGGUGGGGAAACAGGGUGCAGACAAAGUCAAGAGGGGAAAGAAGCAGGUCCUACAUCUGAGUUUCAGACAGAACAUGCCAGUGUGGCUAAGGGGAAAGAUGAUGAAAACGGGAAUAAAGAGGGCCAAAAUGAAUCUGUAGUUAUCUCUGGGGAUGAGGACGACCAGGAGGCCCGAUCUCAUCCAGAACAUCCAACAUCACAAAGACAGGACAUGGAAAACAGUCUGCAUAGAGGGAAUCAGCUUUUCUGCAAAUACGAGGAAAUUCCCGGUAUUCCUGAACUAGCUGAUCAGGAUGAAGAUGAAGAUACAGGAAAAGCUCGGAACAGAAAGGUCAGGUUCACCUCGGCACCGAUCAAGGUGUUCAACACCUAUUCUAAUGCAGAGUACGACAGACACAAUGACAGUAUUGACCCUGUGUCCGCCUCGGCUGAGUAUGAGCUGGAGAAGAGGGUGGACAGGAUGAAUGUUUUUUCAGUGGAAAUAGAAAAGGAGGAGGAAGGUCUGGGCAUCAGUAUCAUAGGAAUGGGUGUAGGGGCUGACCAGGGCCUGGAAAAACUGGGAAUCUUCGUUAAGACAGUUACUGAAGGAGGAGCAACACAGAAGGAUGGAAGGAUUCAGGUGAAUGACCAGAUCGUGGAGGUAGAUGGGGUGAGUUUGGUUGGAGUGUCCCAGCUGUUUGCAGCCACAGUCCUCAAGAAUACAUCGGGCCUCGUCAAGUUUUUAGUUGGACGAGAGAAGGAGGGGGUGGAGAGUGAGGUGGCGCGACUAAUCAAUGAAAGCCUGGAAAUGGAUAAAACAUCCAGAAAGCGAGAGAGGAUGAGUGGAGAUGAAGACACUGACUGUAGCAUGUCAGAGAGAGGCUCAAUAGAUGAAAUAGAUGAAGAAGAGGAAGAAGAUGAAGAGGAGGAUGUGUCCAUACUUUCCAGUCUGGACAACUACCAGAUCUGCCUCAGAUACCAGCAGCUCCAGUCGAAACUACGAAGCAGAGGAGCGCAGCUUCAACGCACUAGAGAAAAGUUAAAGGCAUGGGAGGAGCAUCAAGCAUGUUGGGAGACCCUGAAGGUGGAGCUGGAGCAAAGAGUGGAGGAUGGAGAAGACAAAGCUGAUAAACUUGACAAGUAUUGGCAGGAGGCCCAGACGCUUUGCAGGGUUGUGAGCCAGCGACUGGCUGAUGCCCAGAGCCAAUCAGAAAGCCUGGAGAUCAAAUACAGCAAGGCCAAGAGACUGGUCAGAGAAUACCAGAGCAGAGAGGAGGAGAGGGUGAAAAGAGAAGCAGAACUGAGGAGAGAAAUGGAGGAGAGAGAUAAGGAGCACAGAGAGACUGUUGAAAGACUGCAAAUCCAGCUAGCACAGUUUGAGAGAAAUGUGCCAGAACCUGAGAGCAAGAACCACUCUGUGGACACUCCGGUCACAGAAUGGAAUAUUCCAGUUCCUGAUACAGGACGUCUAGACUCCAGUGCUCACAUAGCCAGAGCUCAGCUGGCCCAGAAAUCCAAGCGCCACCCGCCCUCACGAGACAAACUCAGAGAGAGCUUUAGAAGACAGGAUGAUGAAGUCCAGAAACUACAGGGGAGUCAAACAUUUUCUGCCUCUGCAGUGGUAGGGAUGUUACGAAGGAGCAGCAAAAGUGACCACUGUAGUAGCUCCUCUAUCUCAGCCCUCAGUCCUCAUGCUCCCACCUCCUUCAUCUUUACACCUCCGAACAACAUCACUGACACUGUCACUCCCUCGCCAUGCAAGUCGUCAGCAUCCAGAAAAUCCAGAAGGAAAUUUCCAGACUUCAGUGGCCUUCGCAAGUCUCUCAACAAAAGGAGAAGCCAGAAACACAGCAGAAGGUCCACUAAUAACAGGGGAUCUUGUGGUGAUCUGGUGCAUGAGCCAGCUGGAGUUUCUCCAUCAGGUUCAAUCAACUCCAUGCCUUCUUGCUUGCCGUUUCCCUGGUUUGGAGAGCGAAGUAGGGAAAAAGAAGAGGAAGGGGAGAGAGGCAGAGAGAGGCUUCGGUCUGUGUCCAGCAGCAGUUUGCCAUACCUGACCACUACAGGUAGACGAGAUCAGAGUAUUGGCUCUCCAAUGGAAAGCUCCAGCAUGGUGGGUCUUGUCUCUGAUCACUCCCUCUCUGGGCAUUCCCACAAUUUCACCUUUUCUUCCACUGAGACCUUGGAUGAUGACCCAGUUCCCACUAAUAACAACAACCAAUGGCAAAGUCGACCUGCCUUGGAGUGGACCAACCAGCAGGUGUGUCUGUGGCUGAUUGCCAUGAACAUGGAUCAAUACACGGCUGAGUUUGCCGCUAAAGGUGUGGAUGGGACACAGCUGCUAAACAUGGACAGUGAGAAACUCAAGGCUCUCGGGGUGUGCAAUCAAAGUGACCGGUCUGCCCUCAAGAAGAAGCUGAAGGAGAUGAAGAAAAGGGAGGAAAAAGAACAGAGGGGGAGAGAGAAGAGACUGAAGGAGGAAAAGGAGAAAGAAAAGAACGCAUUUUCGGACAAGGAGAGUGAAGGAAAGGAGAAAGCGAGGAUGAUGGUGAUGAUGGAAGAGAAAAUGGGAAAGGAGUCCGGGCGUAGUGGCAAAACUGUAAGGACUGAGUCACUCCUAUAG